AUCCGGGAAGGAGAGAGCAGGGCAGGAGGGGGGUGUUCAUUGUAGGAGUAGCAUUACAACUACUAACACAGUAUUUGAAGCUUGUCUGGAAGCUGUUUCUCAGUAAAGGAAACCCUUAUCCCAUCACUACUGCACCUGCCCAGCAGCUCCUAAAACCGCAGGACCUCAAAUGGCCUCCCCAUCUGUGACCACUCAGCCUCUUCCGUUUGGUCUGGAAAGGGAGAAACAUAUUGACAUGCUCUUCAGAGCUUUCCACAGGCAGAUUAGACCUACUACAGACACGCAGGACCUCCCUCCUGUGCUCCGGGAUACAGGCAGGACAAGAGGAGAGGAUGGAGGACCUAGCUGGAAAGAGACAGACAAUGAAAGAGUGGGAAAACUGUCUGUUCUGAGAACAGUCACAAGACUUCAUAUUACUGCCAGACCAGAACUGCAAGGUCCUCAGUGUGUAGCCCGCAGAACAUACAGCAUUUCCACAGAAAGCAGUGAUCAGCUCUUUGUGGCUGUGGAAGAGAGCUCAUGCAUGUGUAUGCAGUGCUGCGGUCCAGCUCGAUCCUGUUCACUACAAGGCUUUGAUAAGCACGCAGAGUGCGUCUUUCUGUUUGAGAGGCCCCUGAGAGCAGAGAUGUGCUGGCUUGGCUGCUGCCUGAUGGAAAUAAGGGCCUAUACACCAGAGAGAGAGCUAAUUGGGACAGUUCACCAAAGGUGGAGCAUGUUCACGCCGUAUUUCGAGGUCUGUGACUCCGAGGGCAUCUCGGCCGUGAGGAUCCAGGGCUCCUGCUGCAACACUCGCUGCCUCUCUGAGCAGGAGCUGCAGCUGGUUUCCAGUAUCGGUGAGAAUAUUGGGCGCAUAUGGAAAAGGUGGCCUGGAUAUAAUGAGGAAUGUAACAUGGAUCAUGAGUAUUUUGGACUGGAUGUGCCUCAAGGAAUGAAUUUGAACACCAAAGUGCUGUUAUUAGCUGCUGCCUUCCUGCUGAAUCAUAUGUUUUUUGAGAUGAGCUAAGUGGAAAUGCUAUAAAGCUUCAAGGAAAUAAAAGACAUCUGCUUCACCUGCUAACAUCAGGUCUGAAGUGAAGUGUGAACCUAACAAUAUAGAAUUAUGGUGACUCAUAAUAAGAUGUUUCUAUGACAACUGCAGGGAAUGUAGAUGGCUGAUGCUUUUCUGAGCUAAUUGCAUCUGAACAUGUGUACAUCAGGAAUCUCUGUACAGAGACUCGCUACACCGCUGGACAUUUGCUCACUAAAACUGAACAUAUUUGAUAGACAAAUUUCUAAGGCCAACAUGAUAAAAAAAAAAAAAUUAUAUUUUACA